CUCGGAGAGAAGGGGAGGAGGUGAGGGAAAAAAACGACAGGGUAGGUCGGUCUUUGUUUUCUGGCAGGGAGGACAACCAAGAGACUUUGCAACCGGCGAGAUUUUGAACGCCGCUGCUUAACACUCGUGGGUCCUUUUUUCUGUCACGUGGUCCCACUCUCACCUGAGAGAUGUCCACUCCUGAUCCCCCAAUGGGAGGGACACCUCGGCCAGGUCCCUCCCCAGGCCCAGGGCUAUCUCCAGGUGGCAUGAUGGGCCCAAGUCCAGGUCCUUCCCCUGGCUCUGCCCAUAGUAUGAUGGGGCCCAGUCCGGGACCUCCUGGAUCUGGACACCCACACCCUCCACAGGGACCCUCAGGAUAUCCUCAGGACAACAUGCACCAGAUGCACAAAGCCAUGGAUGCCAUGCAUGAGAAGGGAAUGCCAGACGACCCUCGCUACAACCAAAUGAAAGGCAUGGGUAUGAGACCGGGAGGCCACAGCGGUAUGGGACCCCCUCCAAGCCCCAUGGACCAACAUUCCCAAGGUUACCCGUCUCCACUGGCAGGCUCUGAGCACGCGCCAAGCCCUGUCCCGGCUAAUGGUCCUCCGUCUGGCCCCAUGAUGCCAGGAGGUCCAUCUGGCCCAAGUGCUGGCCCAAUGGAGGGCAGUGGGGACCCAAAUCAGGGAAUGGGACAGCCAAACCGCGGGGGUCCUCCAGGUCCUGGUGGACCAGGUGGUGCUGGAGGUGGACCUGGCGGUACAGCUGGACCCACCCCUUUCAACCAGAAUCAGUUGCACCAACUCAGGGCUCAGAUUAUGGCCUACAAGAUGCUGGCACGCAGUCAGCCCUUACCGGAGCACCUGCAAAUGGCUGUGCAAGGGAAGAGACCCAUGCCGGGUAUGCAGCAACAACCUAUGCCCAACAUGCCCCCUUCCUCAGGUCCUGCAGGUGGACCAGGAGCGGGACCAGGACCAGGCCAAGCCAACUACAGCAGACCUCAUGGCAUGGUUGGGCCCAAUAUGCCACCUCCUGGACCUGCUGGAGUUCCCCCAGGUAUGCAAGGCCAGCCUACCAAUGGACCUCCGAAAUCGUGGCCUGAAGGACCAAUGGUGAAUGCUGCUGCACCUUCCAAUCCUCCUCAGAAGCUGAUUCCACCUCAGCCCACGGGCAGACCCUCUCCUGCUCCACCCUCUGUGCCACCCGCUGCCUCCCCAGUAAUGCCCCCUCAGACACAGUCUCCAGGCCAGCCCGCACAGCCCCCAACCAUGAUGCUUCACCAGAAACAGAACCGCAUUACCCCUAUCCAAAAACCCAGAGGACUGGACCCAGUGGAGAUCCUUCAGGAGAGAGAGUACCGGCUACAAGCCCGUAUUGCUCACCGUAUUCAGGAGCUGGAGAACCUGCCUGGCUCCCUUGCAGGUGACCUACGUACCAAGGCCAACAUUGAGCUCAAAGCCUUGAGGCUUCUGAACUUCCAGAGACAGCUCCGCCAGGAGGUAGUGGUCUGCAUGCGUCGAGACACUGCUCUAGAAACUGCUCUUAAUGCAAAGGCCUACAAGCGCAGCAAACGUCAGUCUCUACGUGAAGCACGUAUAACAGAGAAGCUGGAGAAACAGCAGAAGAUUGAACAAGAGCGUAAACGGCGACAGAAACAUCAGGAAUACCUCAACAGCAUCCUGCAGCAUGCCAAGGACUUCAAGGAAUACCAUCGCUCUAUCACAGCAAAGAUUCAGAAAGCCACCAAAGCGGUGGCCACAUACCACGCCAACACGGAGCGCGAGCAGAAGAAAGAGAACGAGCGCAUUGAAAAGGAGAGAAUGCGGAGGCUGAUGGCCGAAGAUGAGGAGGGCUAUCGUAAACUUAUUGACCAGAAAAAAGACAAGCGUCUGGCCUACCUCUUGCAACAGACAGACGAAUAUGUGGCCAACCUCACUGAGCUGGUGCGAGCCCAUAAAGCCGUGCAAGCUCUCAAAGAGAAGAAAAAGAAGAAGAAAAAGAAGAAGCCGGAGACUGCGGAGGGUGGUGCAGCUGCUCUUGGACCUGAUGGAGAGCCAUUGGAUGAGACCAGUCAAAUGAGUGACCUCCCAGUGAAGGUCAUUCAUGUGGAUAGCGGAAAGAUCCUGACUGGAGUUGAUGCACCUAAAGCGGGUCAGCUGGAAGCCUGGCUUGAAAUGAACCCAGGGUACGAAGUAGCGCCCCGCUCAGACAGUGAAGACAGUGGCUCAGAUGAGGAGGAGGAUGAGGAGGAGGAGGAGGAGCAGCCACACGCUUCUUCUCAGUCAGAAGAGAAAAAGAAGAUCCCUGACCCAGACAGUGAAGAUGUAUCUGAAGUGGAUGUCCAGCACAUUAUCGAGCAUGCCAAGCAGGAUGUGGAUGAUGAGUAUGGUAAUGCAGCUUUCAACCGAGGCCUGCAGUCCUACUAUGCUGUGGCUCACGCUGUCACAGAGAAAGUGGAGAGACAGUCGUCAUUGUUGGUCAACGGACAGCUCAAACAAUACCAGAUCAAAGGGCUAGAGUGGCUGGUAUCACUUUACAACAACAACUUAAAUGGCAUCCUUGCUGAUGAAAUGGGCCUGGGGAAAACUAUCCAGACCAUUGCUCUUAUCACCUACCUCAUGGAGUACAAGCGAAUCAAUGGGCCCUUCCUGAUCAUUGUACCCCUCUCAACUCUGUCCAACUGGGUGUAUGAGUUUGAUAAGUGGGCGCCAUCUGUGGUGAAGGUCUCUUACAAGGGGUCUCCAGCUGCCCGCCGUGCAUUUGUCCCCAUCCUGCGCAGUGGUAAAUUCAAUGUGCUGCUCACCACUUAUGAGUACAUUAUCAAAGACAAGCAGGUGCUAGCAAAGCUUCGUUGGAAGUAUAUGAUUGUGGACGAGGGCCAUCGUAUGAAGAACCACCACUGUAAGCUGACCCAGGUCUUGAACACGCACUACCUGGCCCCACGGCGGCUGCUGCUCACAGGCACGCCUCUGCAGAACAAGCUUCCUGAACUCUGGGCUCUGCUCAACUUCCUCUUGCCCACUAUUUUCAAGAGCUGCAGCACCUUUGAACAAUGGUUCAAUGCCCCUUUUGCUAUGACUGGAGAGAAGGUUGACCUGAACGAAGAAGAAACUAUCCUCAUUAUUCGACGUUUACACAAGGUGCUACGGCCCUUCUUGCUACGCCGACUCAAAAAAGAAGUCGAGGCCCAACUGCCAGAGAAGGUGGAGUAUGUAAUCAAAUGUGACAUGUCGGCGCUUCAGAGAGUGCUGUACAGACACAUGCAGGCAAAGGGAGUCCUGCUCACAGAUGGGUCAGAGAAAGACAAGAAGGGUAAAGGUGGCACCAAGACUCUGAUGAACACAAUCAUGCAGCUGAGAAAGAUUUGCAACCAUCCCUACAUGUUCCAGCACAUUGAGGAGUCUUUCUCUGAGCAUCUGGGUUAUUCUGGAGGAAUAGUGAGUGGUCCUGAUUUGUUCCGCUCCUCUGGGAAGUUUGAGCUGCUGGAUCGUAUCCUGCCCAAGCUGAGGGCUACCAACCACAAAGUGCUGCUCUUCUGUCAGAUGACCUCACUUAUGACCAUCAUGGAAGACUACUUUGCCUACCGCAACUUCAAAUACCUACGUCUGGAUGGAACCACAAAGGCUGAGGAUCGUGGGAUGCUGCUAAAGACCUUCAAUGACCCAGCUUCCGAGUACUUUGUGUUUCUGCUCAGCACCCGAGCAGGGGGCUUGGGUCUCAACCUGCAGUCUGCUGAUACAGUCAUCAUCUUUGACAGCGACUGGAACCCUCACCAAGACUUGCAAGCUCAAGACAGGGCCCAUCGUAUCGGCCAGCAAAACGAGGUGCGCGUCCUCCGCCUCUGCACCGUCAACAGCGUGGAGGAGAAGAUUCUGGCAGCAGCCAAGUACAAAUUGAACGUGGACCAGAAGGUCAUCCAGGCGGGCAUGUUUGACCAGAAGUCGUCAGGCUAUGAGCGUCGGGCCUUCUUACAGGCCAUUCUGGAGCACGAGGAGCAGGACGAGGUCGGGGCUCGAGGAGGCUGCCGCACUAGGGGGGCGUGGGAGGAAGAUGAAGUGCCUGAUGAUGAGACGGUCAAUCAGAUGAUUGCCAGAAGUGAAGAAGAAUUUGAUCAGUUCAUGCGCAUGGAUCUCGACAGGCGCCGCGAGGAGGCCCGCAACCCCAAGAGGAAACCUCGUCUGAUGGAGGAGGAUGACAUGCCCAGCUGGAUUUUGAAAGACGACGCUGAGGUUGAGAGGCUCACCUGUGAAGAGGAGGAGGAGAAGAUGUUUGGCCGAGGAUCCCGUCAGCGCAAGGAGGUGGACUACAGCGACUCACUCACUGAGAAACAGUGGUUAAAGGCCAUAGAAGAGGGCAAUCUGGAAGAUAUUGAAGAGGAAGUGCGACACAAAAAGACAACCCGAAAGCGCAAGCGAGACCGUGACCACGACGGCGGCCCCGCAACACCGAGCUCCAGCAGCGGGCGAGGCCGUGACAAGGAUGAGGAGGUGAAGAAAGCAAAGAAACGUGGUCGUCCGCCUGCUGAAAAGCUCUCUCCUAACCCUCCCUCCCUGACCAAGAAGAUGAAGAAGAUAGUUGAUGCCGUCAUCAAGUACAAGGACGGUAAUGGACGACAGCUGAGUGAAGUCUUCAUCCAGCUGCCUUCCCGCAAAGAACUGCCUGAGUACUAUGAGCUCAUCCGCAAACCAGUAGACUUUAGGAAGAUCAAGGAGAGGAUUCGUAGCCAUAAGUACCGUAGCCUGAAUGACCUGGAGAAGGACGUGAUGCUGCUAUGUCAGAACGCUCAGACAUUCAACCUCGAAGGAUCUCUGAUCUAUGAAGACUCCAUUGUGCUUCAGUCGGUUUUCACCAGCGUGAGACAGAAGAUCGAGAAGGAGGAGGACAGUGAAGGCGAAGACAGCGAAGAGGAGGAGGAAGAGCUCGAUGAAGGCUCCGAGUCUGAAUCCCGUUCUGUGAAGGUGAAGAUUAAACUGAGCCGCAAAGAAAAAGGGGAGCGUGGUGGAAAAGGACAGCGGCGGAGAGGCCGCGGCGUCCGCGCAAAACCUGUGGUGAGCGACGACGACAGCGAGGACGAUCCGGAAGAGGAUCAUUCGGCCAGCGGCAGUGAAGAGGACUGAACAUGAACCACUUCUAAUUGGACCAACGGCCCCCUGAGCUACUUGACUGGACCUUAUAUAUUUUACUUAGAUACAGCAGGGAGACAGUCAGUGGAAGGGCCCACUUUUACCUAGAUCUGAUUUUUAGUGAGACUGUUGUAUUCUCAUGAUAUCACUAAUUGAAAAAGGAAAAAAAAAAAAGUGAAUAUGAACGUAUGAUAUGAUCCACUUCCAUAUUUAAACAUGUUUUCUUAAGAUUAGGUGUGUGUCUUUGCCUUUUUUGUUUUCUCCUUAAGCGGAACAUGAAAUCUAGACUGACGAAGGGCCAUAUAGACCGCUGUUUUUUUUUUUGGUUUGUUUUUUUAAGGUUGUAUUAGUUUUGUCAUCUUUUCCUUUUGAGAAGUGAACCAGGAGUCACUGCUUUUCAUGAAAUCCAUUUUUGAAUGCAUGUUGUGGAAAUGCACCUGGACGUGUCUUUGUUAUUAUCUUGUGCGUAAUUUAAGACUACAAGCGGGAUCAUGGUACGGCCCGCCUGCAGACCCUCUCUCUCAGGUUGUGUUUGUAAACGGGGAGGGAGGGAUGGGACCAUUUUCUCGUGUCGGUGUCACUGGAUUCCAAAAAGUACAAUAAAGGCAUC